AUGUUUUCAUUUCUUCUUUUUCUCUUCCUUUCUCCUCUUCUUUUUCCACUUUUUUCUCCUCUUCUUUUUCUACUUUCUUUCUCCUCUUCUUUUUCUUUUCUCCUCUUCUUUUUCUUUUUCUUCUUUUUCCUUUCUCCUCUUCGCUUUCUACUUCCUUUCUCUUCUUUUCUUUUCCCUUCUCUUACUCUUUCUCUUCCUUCAGUAUCUCUCAUUCUUUCUCUUUCCCUUUCGCCUCUUUUACUCAUUUUCUCUUCCUUUCUCUCUCUUUCUCUCUCUCUCUCUCUCUCUCUCUGUAAAUAUCACUCCUUUCUUUUAUUUGUACUUUUUCUUCAACAAAGUCCCCCUCCUCCUCUUCUUCUUCCUCCUCCUCCUCCUCCUCCUCCCAUUUAUUGUUUUUUAUUAUUUGCUCGCUAUCUUUUCUUUUCUUUUCUUUUCCGCUUCAAUUUUUAUCAUUUUUCUACACCUUCUCUUUCUCCACCUUUUCUGACGAGACCUCAAAAGAAUUAUUUCCUCUUCCUUCAUAGAUAUUUCCUUCCAAUUCUUUCUCUUCCUUCUCCUCUUCCUUUCGUUCUGCUACCUUCUUUUCUCUCCUCAACUUUCGCUCUUCUUCUUCUUCUUCUUCUUCUUCUUCUUCUUCUUCUUCUUCUUCUUCUUUUGCUUUCGUUUUUAAGUAACCAGCCUUUUCGCAAAACUCGACGUUGCACAAUCUUCAUCCACUACUUUCGAUGCUUUUUUCUCCAUGCCCCCACCCCGGCCCCUCCUGUUCUGGUUCAGCUCUUUCGAUGUCUCACACGACCCUUCUCUUGCAUUUUAUUUUCUCUUUACCUUCCAACGCACCUCUUCUCGUCCAUCCCCCGGGCAUCAACCCCCUUCUCGUCCAGCCAAGAUACACACUUUAACAAGCCGAGCACAAAAACUCAACCAUCCUGA